AUGGCCGGAUACAAGCAGGGCGACAAGGUCGAGUACCGCCCUAUCGGUGGUGCUGCGGAGAACGUCUCGCACUCUACCGGCGUCAUCGAGGAGAUCAUUCAGUCUGAGGAUGGCGAAACUCGUUACGCCAUUCGGAACGACAACACAGGCAAGACCACCAACUACCAGGAGAUGAACAUCGUUCAGAAAGUUUGA